AGUGUCACAACCAGUCAGCAGGUCACCUUCAGAUGUGGAAAGUUUAAUUGAUUCUGCACCUCCUAGCUUAGGUUCAACCAAAAAUAGCCUGGGGAAGGAUGUACAGUUUGGUAUAAGAAGGCUCAUGGAAGAUUUAGACUCUGGACGGUCAACAAUGAGAGACAACAUGGAUAUGGACAGUGACAAAUCUUUGCAAGAAGAACUUCUUAGGGUCACCACUGGACAAACUGGCCAUUCUGAAUCUGACAAUGAAGAAUCACAUAAGAUGGAUGAGUUGGAGUGUAAUGCACCACUAAUGUUUCCUACAGCAAAAAACCUAGUUGUUGGCAGAAAACUCAUUUCACCUGGAAACUCAAUAGAAGUUCCACUGACACCAGUGAUGUCUGGAGAAUUUGAACCUACUGGUGCACCAGACAGAACAUACAAGAUAGUAUUUGCAGGAGAUGCAGCUGUGGGGAAAAGCUGUUUCAUUUUCCGUUUCUGCAAGGGAGUCUUCAUUAAUAACCUUGGCUCCACAUUAGGAGUUGACUUUCAAGUGAAAACUAUCAGGGUUGAUGAAAGAAAUGUGGCACUUCAACUGUGGGAUACUGCAGGGCAAGAAAGGUUUCGUUCCAUGACAAAAACUUAUUUCAGACGAGCAGAUGGUGUGAUGUUGCUAUAUGAUGUUACAAGUGAGAGGUCAUUUCUGAAUGUAAGACAAUGGGUGCAAAGUAUAGAUGAGGCAACUGAGCAACGUGUUCCAAUCAUUCUUUGCGGAAACAAGGUGGAUUUGCGGGCUGAAGCAAAAUCUAAAGGUGUCACUUGCAUCGACAUGGUAGAAGGUGAAUUCUUAUCUCGGGAUUGUGGGGCUAUAUUCCUUGAAACAAGUUCAAAAACUGGCACUAACAUUCUAGAUGCUAUCAUCACAUUAUCAAGAGAAAUGCUAACUAGGGAGGAUGUAGAGGUGCAAACGUCAUCAAUGAGAAUUUCCCAAGAUAAUAAACCGACAAAUUCAUGUUGCAGCAGCAAGAUUUAAUGUAAAAAUAUGAAACUACAAAUAAAAUAACUGCACUAUGAGAGGAAAAAAAAAAGCAUUCAUAAUGAAUAGAACAUUUUAGGUUAUAUUGUCGAAUGUAUGUCACUACUGAGGUCAGAAGGAAAAUGUCUCUUACACUUCUGAUUUUGUUUUGUGUGCCUACCAUAUAUAAAAUUUAUGAAGGAUUCUUUAUUGACUUUAUAUAUGCACCAGUUAAUAGAAAUGAAAAUAUGAACUGCUGAUUGAUUGAUUGAUCAGUAACUGUCAGAUGACAGGUCCACAGUCUCUUCC